AUGGUCAAGUCUCAGUUCCUCGUUUCUGCGGCGGCCGCCGCUCUGGCCACAAUCGCGUCCGGUCAGACGUUCCAGAGAUUGGGUACAUGUCCUACGUUGGGCUGUAUCCUUCCUCCAGAUCAGCAAGAUUUCCUCGCCGGACAGUAUUUCGACAUCCGCCUCGAAGUCCACGCGCCUGUCAACGGCUCCGAGGCCACCGACGGCCAGCCCGACGAGUCGUUCACCUUCUCCAUUGGCAAAGUUGGUGGAGAAGCACAACCAGCCGCAGAGUUCUUUGGCGUGGCCGAGCCAGAGCUUGAGACUUGGGAUUUCAGCUGGUAUGAGGAUCUGUUCGCCGUGGACGCAGAGACGCCUUCCAUUGUCAAUGUCGCUGCAAAGGCGUAUCGUAGAAUUGCACUUUACGAGCCAGGCGAGUACGAAGCAACCCUCAGCUACAAUGGAAGCACCACCACUGCAUACUGGCUGGUUCGUGACCUCUCCCAAGAGCGAAGGGCCAAGAACGUGAUGCUCUUCAUUGGCGACGGCAUGACCCAGAAUAUGAUCACUGCUGCCCGCUUGAUUGCUCACAAGCAGAUCAACGGCCGUUACCAGAGCUUGAUGGCAAUGGAUCAGUUCCCGUCUCUUGGCCACCAGAUGACACAUUCCAUCGACUCUUUCAUCACCGACUCGGCCAACUCAGCUACAGCCCUCUACACUGGUCACAAGAGUACUGUCAAUGCAUUGGGCGUCUAUGCGGACUCUUCCGAGGACUCAUUCGAUGAUCCCAAGGUCGAGACAAUCGCAGAACUCUUCCACAGGAUCCAUGGCGGCCACAUCGGCAUCGUCAGCACAGCCUACAUUGCGGACGCAACCCCGGCGGCCUUGACUUCGCACACCCGAGACCGAGGCGAGUAUGGCGCUGUCGUGGACUCCUUCCUCCACGGUAUUGUCAACUACACGUGGACCGAAUGGUCAGGCGUUGACGUCUUGUUUGGUGGUGGUGCUGAGCAAUUCUGCCCUCCACGUCUCGGCGGCGAGACAUACAUGGACUUGAACUACUACAACGUCUUCACCGACGCAGGUUACCAGCUUGUCCAGAAUAACACGCAAUUGCAGGCUGCAUCUGACUCCGACCGCACACUGGGCAUCUUCUCUAUCUCCAAUAUGGCCAAGUGGCUCGACCGCAAUGUGUACACUGACAACAUCCACGGCAACGAGGACAGCCCGGAUUGCUCUGGCGAGGAUGCGGAUGAUCAGCCUGGCCUCAAAGAUAUGACUCUCAAAGCUAUCGACAUCUUGCAGAACCGAGCCACGGCUGACGACGAUGCCGGCUGGUUCCUGAUGUCCGAAGCUGCUUCCAUUGAUAAGCAGAUGCACACUCUCGACUACGAUCGUGCUCUCGGUGAGCUUCUGGAGCUAGACGACACCAUUAAGGCUGCUAUGGCACACCUCGAAGAGAUUGGCGAGCUCGAAAACACCCAGAUCAUUGUCACCGCCGAUCAUGGUCACGGCUUCGAUGUCUUCGGCAGCGCUGACACCAAGUACCUCAACGCUCAUAAGAACCCGCGCGUGAAGCGAAAUGCCAUUGGUACUUACCAGGAGUCUGGUCUUUCGCAGUACAUCAACACUGGCGACCUCACGUACGGCGACUCCAACUUCCCUUCGAACUGGGACCCGCGCUACACACUUGCGCAGGGUGUCGGUGCAAAUCCUGACCAUCGCGAGAACUACCAGGUGCACAAAGAUGGCCCGAGACUUCCGGCUACCAACAUCAGCGGCUUUGAUGAAGACGACUUCUUCGUCAACCCAGAAGAUGCCAAGAGUGGCUUCAUCGUGAAUGGGACGCUGCCAACCAGCGCCGACCAAGGCGUCCACAGUCUGACCGACGUACCCGUCUUUGCUCAAGGCCCUUGCCAGGAGCUGUUUGCCGGUGUAUACAACUCGAUCGACGUCUUCUACCACAUGGCGGAAUGCCUUGGCUUGAGUCGCACGUCGCCUCCGGAUAGCGCACCAGACAACUGCAACAAAGGGUACGGCAAGCAGUAUGGGUAUCACCAUUACACUGAGAAGAAGCCGAUGUAUUCUGGCCCACCAGAGAAGCAGUGA